UAUAUACUGAAAGAAUUUUAAAUUGCACGAAACGAGAUAUAGUUUGUGCAUAGUAAAAUGCUGGUAAAAAUGAAAAAAGAAUAAACAGAUGAAGAAUGCAGUGACAAGCAACGUCUCGAAUUGACACAAUAUUCGUAAGCUACAAUACGAUAUUAAAAAAGAAAAGUGCUCUUAUAUCAUUUUCAGUGCCACUAAAUUUAUCGUAUAAUAAAUUUUUAAAUUCGAACUUCAAGAUUUCUUCACGAGUCAAAUUUGAACAGAAAGAUACAUAAAAAUUUUUCUUCCAGAAUUUUCCUCCUUUCGUUCAUCAAAAUUAUUAUUUUUCUGUCACAUAAAAAUUACAAGAAGAUUAAGCAAAGAAGGGAGAUGAAUUUUCAAAAUUUGAAUCGUUUGAACGCUUUCGCGAACAUGAUUUCGGGAAACUUUUUACCGAUGACCAAUAUAAAUGAGAAAUCAUCCAUAGUUUCGAAAAUCUAUUUCGUCAUCGUUUGGAUAAUACAACUGAUAUACCUGGCUGCCUGUACUCUCGGUCUUUUCAACGUGCCGUGGGAAAGAUCGUUGAAGGAUGGUACAGUGAACAUGGUGCUCUUGUUUGAAGUGAUCAUUUUGAACAUAUAUUUACACAGUCGUAGAAAUUUGUUGCGUGAAUUAAUCGGGAAGUUGAAUCACGUUCUGAUCAACGAAGACGAAAUGUUUCGAGACGUGACAAUUAGCACGAUAAAAACGUUGGAAAAACCUUUAAGAAUAUAUAUACUUGUUAACGUCACAUCGAUUAUGGUUUGGAUAUCAUCCCCGUUGAUCAAAUUAUUUCAAAAGAACGAGUUCUAUUACGAGGAUUUUACAAUGCCAGUCGUUUUAUCCGAGCAACCUUUUUCAACAGGUGUUUUUAUUUGUGGCGUUUUCCUUCAGCUGUUUGGCGGCGAAUAUUUGUUAUUUAGGAAGAUCAGCUUAGACCUUUACACGAUGCAUUUGAACCUUUUAAUAACGGCACAAUACAAAUAUCUUAGAAUCAAAUUUGCGACUGUGCUUAAGGAAAAGGGUGAAACCUUUGGAAAGGACACUUGGCAAAAUAUCCCGUACGACGAUGAUACAACGAUCAGACAGGAAAUGAAGUUGUUAACCCGCCAUUUUGAAACUGUAAUCGAGAUGACUGGUAUGUUGAAGAAAUUGCUUUCUCCGAAUAUUGGAGUUCUUUACUUAAACUACGUUUUUCGGUUCUGCUUUCUGAGUUUUAUGUUUGCAACGACUUCACUUUUAGAAAAACUCACGUAUACGAUAAUUGUAUCAUAUACAACCGGUGCAUUGAUACAAUUUUAUAUAUUGUGUUAUUGCAUUCAAGAUUUAUUUGAAGCGAGUUCGUCCAUAGCAGACGAUGUGGUGUAUGAAAAAUGGUACUCUUACGACGUACGAUUUCAACGUGUAAUUCUUAUGAUAAGCUUGGCUAACGAAUUAAAGUGUAAAAUAUCCAAUUUUCAAAAUAUUGAUUUAACAUUACCAUCUUUCAUGUCUAUUCUAAACCAAGCAUAUUCGAUAUGUUUAUUAUUUUUGAAAACAAAACAAGAUUAAAUCAAUGAUAUAUAUAUGAUGAUAUUCAUGAUUAAGUCUCUUACAUUAUGGAAUUUUUAUUUAAUUAUAAUACAUAUAUUCUAAAACGAAUAAGAAUAAUUCUAGAAUGAAAUCACUUCCAAUAUAAUUAAUAAAUUUAAAGAUGCAAAAAUAAUCGACAAACGAAACUGUAAUUUUUAAUAUUUCUGAUAUGAACUGGAUAAAUAAUGAAUUAAUAAUAUUAUUUAUAUACAUAAAAAUAUAUGCAUAUAUAUAUAUAAAACUUACUUUAAAAAUUGUUUUAUGAUAAACGACUAUAAAACAAUUUCAGAAUUUCAUAAAAUAUAAUUGGCACAUCUAAAAUCCAUCUCAGAGUUAUACAAUUUUCCAUUUACCGAGCUAUGAAUAAUGUUAAGUUUCGUGAUUCUCUCUUAGAUUUUUGAAAUGUUUCUAAAAGUAAUAUAAAUUAUCUUUUCAAUAUUAUAAUGAAAGAAAGAAACUUCGACUCUUUCUUUUCACGUGACUAAUUUCUUUAUAAAUUUAUGAUAAAUUUCUACAUCAAAAGAGAGUGACUAAGUAGAUAGAUUUUUAAACAAUUCUUGUACAAUAAUUGUACAUUUAUACGUACGAAUAUAUACGUAUAGGGAUCUUUUUAGAUAAAUAAUUGUUCAAAUUAAAGAGAAUGAUACCGAGUUGUAAUUGCAACCAACGACCAACGAUCGAUGAUUAUACGCUGAAAGAAUUUUAAAUUGCACGUGAUAUGGCGUAGCCUGUGUAUAGUAAUGCUGGUAAAAAUGAAUAAACAGAUCAACGAUGCAAUGACGAGCAACAAUUGUAUCGAAUACGUUGAAAUGAUAGAUCAUUCGCAAGCAAGAACAUAACUGCAUAAUCGUAGAAAAAAGUAAUAAUAAAUUAACAUCGUCGAAAAAGAAAAAAAAUUUUUUUUUUCAUUCUAAUAAAUUUGUAUCCAAACUGUUAUCUUUAUACCGAUAAAAAUUGGAAAAAG